GUGCUUAAAGAGCCCCGUCGGGGCUGGCGAAAGGGGGGAAAAUGGCGGCGGCACCAGUGGCGGCGGAUGAGACGGCGACGGCGACGGCGACGACGACGCCGACCUCGCGCCGAGGCGGCUGGGGCGAGGCGGGAUUCCUGGGGCUCUCCUUGCUGCUGCUUUGGGGCGUCCGGGCCGAGCAGAUGGAGGAGCACCUGAAGCGGGAGCACUCCCUUACCAAGCCUUACCAGGGUGUAGGAUCUGCCAGCUCCUCUCUGUGGGAACUUAUGGGCAAUGCAAUGGUGAUGACCCAGUUUGUUCGUCUCACCCCAGAUAUUCAGAGCAAGCAGGGUGCUGUCUGGAACAGGGUGCCUUGCUACUUGAGAGACUGGGAGAUGCAAGUGCACUUCAAAAUUCACGGGCAAGGCAAGAAGAACCUGAACGGAGAUGGCUUUGCAAUCUGGUACACAAAGGACCGAAUGCAGCCAGGGCCUGUCUUCGGGAGCAAGGAUAACUUUCUAGGGCUGGGAGUAUUUGUAGACACCUAUCCAAAUGAGGAAAAGCAACAGGAGGCCCAGAAGAAGAGGUAUUCCUCAGGAAACCAGCGUGUGUUCCCAUACGUCUCUGCCAUGGUGAGCAACGGCUCCCUCGCCUAUGACCACGACAGGGACGGCAGGCCCACCGAACUAGGUGGAUGCACGGCAAUAGUGCGCAACCUUAACCAUGACACUUUCCUGGUGAUCCGCUAUGUGAAGAGGCGGCUUACGGUCUUGCUUGAUAUUGACGGCAAACACGAAUGGAAAGAUUGCAUCGACAUCCCAGGAGUCCACUUGCCACGAGGAUACUACUUUGGAGUCUCUUCGGUCACUGGCGACCUGUCGGAUAACCAUGAUAUCAUUUCCCUGAAGCUGUACCAGCUGACGGUUGAACGGACACUGGAGGAGGACAAGCAGGACAAAGAAGUCUUUCUUCCUGUUGUGGAGAACAUGAAACUGCCUGGAAUGGAGUCUCCAGUGGAACCCAUGAGUGGCCUUGCUCUCUUCUUGAUAGUCUUCUUCUCGCUGGUUGCCCUCGUGUUCGCCAUAGUCAUUGGCGUCAUAGUCUACAACAAAUGGCAGGAACAAAGCCGGAAACACUUCUACUGAUUUGGAGGCGCCCUUUUGCAUUCCUCCUCCUUUGCCUUCUGGACGGCUGCAGGUUUUGUUUAGCGCGAGUGGUUGUGCAUGCUGGCAGCUACUUUACUGAAGCGCUGCCGUGAGGACUCCAAUCCGCGUGAAUCUUAAACUUUUAAUGGGACUGAACUUUGGAUUGGUGGCCUCCUUGUUGAGACCCCAAUGGUGGAGGCAGCCAUAUCACUCUGCUGUACUUUGCCUUCUCCUGAACUGUGAGUUUUCAACACUGGCAAUUCUACAGGAUUUGAUGCGUUAUAGACAUAUCCUCGAUCAUGUAGUGUGAACUUUAGUCUCAUCGCUGUGAGUAGAUUGGAGAAACACGUCUAGCUGAUGAGAUCUGGAUUUGGGAACCUCGGCUGUCCCAGAUAGAGACUGGUUGGAAACCAGGGUGGUUGGGUGGGUGAUCAAGAUGACAGUCUGUGGUAUGGAUGAAAUGAUGGUAUGUUGAUCAUGGCUGUCUGGUCUGGAUGUUUGCUGCGGGGAUGGAUAAUCUGACGUUCUGCACAUGUUGUUGUGUUUCAAAUCCCAUCACCCCCAGCCUGAAUGGCCAUUGGUCAGGGAUGAUGGGGGUUGUAGUCCAGCAACAUCUGGAGGGCCAGAGGUUGGCCACCAGUGUUUUACUGGGAUGCCUUAACUAGCAUCUAGAUCAGUCUAUUGUCAAUCUGGCUCCCUGCAGAUGUUUCAGACUACAGCUCCCAUCAGCCCCAGCCAAGUGGCUGGGGCUGAUGGGAGUUAUAGUCUGAAGCAUCUGCAGGGAGCCAGAUUGACAGAGACUGAUCUAGGGGAACUCUCUUAAUUGGCAUGGAAAGCAGACAAAUGUGCAUUUGUAAGCAACCAAGGCCUCUUUACUUACGACCCACAGCCCAGGUUUUCCUUUACUGUUCCUCUACUCUACAAAUAGGACAAGACACUCUCCUGCUGAACAGACAAAAGUGAAUGCCCUCCCUUAUCAAAGAAAUGGCAGCUUCUCUUAUAACCCUGCCUUUCCUAAGCUGCUAAGCUGCCGUAUGUUUUAUUGGGUGUUACAAAACAGUUGACUCCUGCCGUGACUAAAGUGUAGCCUCUGGAUCCUUUCCCAAAGCUUGGGGAGGUGUUCCUGGGUCCAUCUGCCUCUGCUAGUAGAGAUCGUAGGGGAAAUCCCUCCUGUUUUCAACACUGUCUGCUAUGUCUGCAGGAACUCACAUGGCAGUCUCCUUUGUCAGCAAUACUCUGAGCCUUUCCAGACAACUGUGGGAUGGAUAGGGUGCUCCCCCCCCCACCGCCCCGCAGGUUGCUUGAGUUCUGGGGAAACCCUGGAGUUCAACAGAAGCACUUUGGGGGGUGAGAAUCAUUCCAAUAAGAAGAUAGUGGUGGUAGCUCCACUCCUCUGAGAGACAGCUCUGCCCACUGUUAUCCUGGGAUGCUGCUGAGUGUGCAACUGAGCUGCUGAGUAAUGGGGAGAUGUGGGAUGUGGCCUAGAAGCUGAUGUGAAAAGUAGAAAGGUGGGAGCUGUAAACUACUGUUUUAGGUAAAACACUGCAAACAUUCAUUGCUGCUCUUGCCAUUAUGUAUAUAAAUAUAAAAUAAAAGCCAGCUCUUCCCAGUUCUCUGGGGGAACCUGACCUCUAUAGAAUCUCCCUACAGCUCAAAAGUCCUCCUUUAUGUUCCCCUCUAAGGGAUUUGUCCUUUUCUUUACUGGUCAUAUUAGCAGCAGCAGUAUUUUUUCCCUUUGCCAAGAGUUUACCACGCCUGGAGCAAAUGCCAGUUGGCAGCUGGACCUUUUUAACUUGAAAACUGUGAACUGGUGCUUGGAGACUUUUUCUCUUUACAGUGAAUGUGGCUGCCUGCCUGCCUAACCUCCAGCCUUGUUAGACAGAGCUGGCUUAAGUCCGGGGGAGGGGGGGGUUGCCUCUGCUUCUGCUUCUGCAAAUGUUGAGCAAUCGUUCUUUAGGGAAAUAACCUUCCCUGUCCAGGGGGAGUGCCUGCCCUUGCCCAUCUUAGUGCUGUCCCACUGUGCACAGAUUGUAUCUUGGGAUCCCUUCCCCCUCCCGUUUUCCCCUAACGUUUUUAUAAAGACAUUCAGUGACUUUGUUGUCUUUGAACUAAAUGGUCUCCUCUUUCAACUUCCCAGCUGAAAUAGGUCAAGGGGAGGAGAGAGAAUUACCCCCCAAACCUGUUAAUCAUAGAAUAGUAGAGUUGGAAGGGGCCUAUAAGGCCAUCAGGUCCAACCCCCUGCUCAAUGCAGGAAUCCAAAUCAAAGCAUUCCCAACAGAUGGCUAUCCAGCUGCCUCUUGAAUGCCUCCAGUGUCACAUGGUCACAUAUGGUCAAAUCCCUUUUGUCAUGUUCAUUUGCUUUCUUGAUUCCCCUGCUUUGUUAUCACUUUAAAAAUCUUGGGCUGUGAUCUCUUUUCUUGAGUAAUCCCAGGCAGUUGGGGAUCAUGCAACAGGUGUGGUGACAGCCGAAUCUGACAGACUGUCUGUUAAUUACUGAGAGCAAAGGAAGUUGACUGAGAGUUAGGGCCAUACUUCCAGGACUGGUCACAGGGGUGAUACCAGCCAGUCAGAACACAGACUGCUGUCCCUCUACAUAGGUGAAUGCUGGUCUCU